GGGGCGGGCUGCUUUGCAUUAUGUGCGGCUCGGCCCUGGCUUUUUUAACCGCUGCAUUUGUUUGCCUGCAAAAGUGCCGGCGAGGUCCUGGCUUGUUCCUCCGGGCAGCCUGGGUGUGUUCACUUGUUCCUGGACUGGGCCAAACUGAAGACAAUAGCUGUGCAUCUUCGAAUGCAGCGUCGUGUGCCUCCUGCCUUGCACUGGGUCCAGAAUGUGGAUGGUGUGUUCAAGAGGAUUUCAUUUCAGGUGGAUCAAGGAGUGAACGUUGUGACACUGUUUCCAAUUUAAUAAGCAAGGGCUGCUCAGUUGAUUCGAUAGAAUACCCAUCCGUGCAUGUAAUAAUACCAAGUGAAAAUGAAAUUAAUACCCAGGUGACUCCAGGAGAAGUGUCAAUCAAGCUGCGUCCAGGAGCAGAAGUCAAUUUUAUGCUGAAAAUUCACCUUCUGAAGAAAUACCCCGUGGAUCUUUAUUAUCUGGUUGAUGUUUCAGCAUCUAUGCACAAUAAUAUAGAAAAACUAAAUUCUGUUGGAAAUGAUUUAUCAAGAAAAAUGGCAUUUUUUUCCCAUGACUUCCGCCUUGGAUUUGGCUCAUAUGUCGAUAAAACAGUUUCACCGUACAUUAGCAUCCAUCCUGAAAGAAUUCACAACCAGUGCAGUGACUACAACCUAGACUGUAUGCCUCCCCAUGGAUACAUCCAUGUGCUGUCUUUGACCAAGAACAUCACUGAGUUUGAAAAAGCGGUUCACAGACAAAAGAUCUCUGGAAACAUAGAUACCCCUGAAGGAGGUUUUGAUGCCAUGCUUCAGGCUGCUGUUUGUGAGAGUCAUAUUGGAUGGCGAAAAGAAGCUAAAAGAUUGCUGCUGGUGAUGACAGACCAGACAUCUCAUCUUGCUCUUGAUAGCAAACUGGCAGGUAUAGUGGUGCCCAAUGACGGAAACUGCCAUCUGAGGAACAACAUCUACGUCAAAUCCACCACCAUGGAACAUCCCUCUCUAGGUCAACUUUCAGAAAAAUUAAUAGACAACAACAUUAAUGUCAUUUUUGCAGUUCAAGGAAAACAGUUUCAUUGGUAUAAGGAUCUUCUACCCCUCUUGCCUGGUACCAUUGCUGGUGAAAUCGAAUCAAAGGCAGCAAACCUCAAUAAUUUGGUAAUAGACGCCUAUCAGAAACUCAUUUCAGAAGUGAAAGUUCAGGUGGAAAACCAUAUACAAGGGGUCUAUUUCAACAUUACCGCCAUCUGUCCAGAUGGAGCCAAAAAGCCAGGCACGGAUGGAUGCAGAAACGUGACAAGCAAUGACGAAGUUCUUUUCAAUGUAACAGUUACAAUGAAAGAAUGUAAAGUCACAGGAGGAAAAAACUAUGCGGUAAUCAAGCCUAUUGGUUUCAAUGAAACCACUAAAAUCUAUAUACACAGAAACUGCACCUGUCAGUGUGAGGACAGUGGAAGACUUAAAAAAAAGUGUGUAGAUGAAACUUUCCUAGAUUCCAAGUGUUCCCUUUGUGACGAGAACAAAUGUCAUUUUGAUGAAGAUCAGUUUUCUUCUGAGAGUUGCAAGUCACACAAGGAUCAACCUGUUUGCAGUGGCCGAGGAGUUUGUAUUUGUGGAAAAUGUUUAUGUCACAAAAUAAAGCUUGGAAAAGUGUAUGGGAAAUUCUGUGAAAAAGACGACUUUUCUUGCCCGUAUCACCAUGGAAAUCUGUGUGCUGGGCAUGGAGAGUGUGAAGCAGGCAGAUGCGUAUGCUUCAGUGGCUGGGAAGGGGAUCGGUGCCAGUGCCCAUCAGCAUCAGCCCAGCACUGUGUCAAUUCAAAAGGCCAAGUGUGCAGCGGAAGAGGCACGUGUGUGUGUGGCAGGUGUGAAUGCACCGACCCCAGGAGCAUCGGCCGCUUCUGUGAACACUGCCCCACCUGUCAUACAGCCUGCAACGAAAACUGGAAUUGUGUGCAAUGCCUCCACCCUCACAAUCUGUCGCAAGCUAUACUUGAUCAGUGUAAAGCUUCGUGUGCUCACACGGGACAGCAUUUUGUGGACCAAACAUCAGAAUGUUUCUCUAGCCCAAGCUAUUUGAGAAUAUUUUUCAUCAUAUUCAUAGUUACAUUUUUGAUUGGAUUACUUAAAGUCCUUAUCAUUAGACAGGUGAUUCUACAAUGGAAUAGUAAUAAAAUUAAGUCCUCAUCAGAUUACAGAAUGUCAGCCUCAAAAAAGGAUAAGUUGAUUCUGCAAAGUGUUUGCACAAGAACAGUAACCUACCGACGUGAGAAACCUGAAGAAAUAAAAAUGGAUAUCAGUAAAUUAAAUGCUCAUGAAAAUUUCAGGUGCAACUUCUAAAAGACAUUUAAAAAAAAAAACAACUUUAUGGGAAACUGGAUUUUUUUAUAUAAUUGCUCCUAAGAAUUAUAAUUUUAAAAGUCACAGGAGGAGAGAAAUUGUUCAAGAUCAUGCCAGUUGCUGAUUGUACUCUCGGAUGAAGACUGACAAGCAUCCUCAUCAUCAUGUGACUCACAUAGCUGCUGAAUUUGCCAGAGAAAAAAUGUGUCUUACUACUGUUUGAGACUAGUGUCAUUGUAGCACUUUACUGUAAUAUAUAACUUAUUUAGAUCAGCAUAGAAUGUAGAUCAUCUGAACAGCACUGAUUACACUUUACAGGUACCUGCCACUCCUAUGCUUCCCAGCAAGAGACAAUGGUAUGAGAUAGCUGAGCAUUGUGUCACUACAAGGGUACAGUAAUCCCUGCACGGAACUUGUGGAUGUAAAAACGAAAUGGUCCGGCAAUUCUAUACGAAUGUUGCCAAAUACAUACUGAUGUUGCCAAGUACUUCAACAAUUGGCAGUAAAUAGACAAGAACUGCUAGAUUAAGCAAUGGUUAGUGUGUCACUUGCUCAAGAAGUGAAUAGACAGAAUCUUCAUCUUAAGGGAUACUGCUUUUAAAACUGUAGUUUUAUGCAUGUAUGUUGAUGUUUUCUUCCUUAUUACAAGAUGGAUACUAAUUCCAACCUUCAUUCCUUUUUGCCUUUAUGUUUUGUUUUACUUCCUUACAGGAUAAAUUUAUAAGUGUCAAAAAUGACUGGAUUAAAUAAGUGCUAUGUUACUACUGCCUUGAGAACCUAAUAAUACAAUGUCACUUUAUUAGAAUGUUGGUUUUAACAGGUGAAUGUCAAUAAGGGAUACUAUAAAGUAUUAUCAAAAUCUGAAUAACUUUAUAUUUUGCAGAUAUGGAGUUUUGUAUCUUCUUACCUGGUAAACUGGAGGGAUUUUUGGACCAUUUUUGUCUAAAUCAUUACAUUGAAAUUCACAAGCUAUUUAGAAACUGCCUCAAGCAGAGUGCCACACUAUUGAAUGAUUUUUUUUUCAGAUUUUGACUCCAAGUAGAUACCAUUUUUCAAAUGAAAAGCUGUAUUAUUUUUGCCCUUCAAUGCAGCCUACAGACAUUCCCUGAAUCACCGUGACUCUAUUCACCAGUAUUCAUAAAAGCAUAAAAUUGGAAGAGAAUAGGUGAGAUCUUAAAAAUAAGUGAAUUCAUUCUUUAAUCAGGCAACUGAGACUCAGAAAGUUUAAAUGAUUUCUCAGAAUACACCCACAUGAUAAAGCGGCAGUAUUAGAGAAGACCUUUAACCCUCUUAUUGCCAGGCCAGUGUUUAUUAUACAAUAUCGUGCUACCUCUUGAAUCUGUAAAAUAUACAAUUGGAAAAUAUUUCUUAAUGUGCUUUCUUAACUUUGGGGCAUGAGAAAAUUUCAAAGCAAAAUAGAAAAGAGUAAUUCAAACUGAAUUGUCCAAAAUCUGCUCCCGGUCUUCCCUGCUCAUCGGUUUCUGAGAUUGCAACAUGGCAUAACUGUGAAGGAAUUCCCUCACAGCACAGCCUUCAUGAACAGUACUCCUUGGUGUUAUAUCAUGCUCAACCUUUGACCUUGAUAGGAAGGCAGUGAGCACUGGCUUCCCAAAUGGAAAGUUCUUCACAAUUACCAUGCCCUUGUGGAUUUAUUUGGUCUGAUUUUAUUGUCCAACAGUCCUGUGUACAGUAUAGGGUUUUGCCUGUUAUGACAAAGGAAUAUACUUAAGAUAUCAUCUUAAAAUUAACUUUCCAGAUUUACUGUCCUCUAACACUCAAGUUAAAGUACUAGAUACUUGCAUUCUGAUGAAAACUUAGUCUACAUCCCUUAGUCGACCCUAAAGAGGACUCAAAACAAAAAUAAAAACAAAAAACUGUUUUGGAGCCAACAAAUGCAGCAGCUCUAGUAACUGUCCUCUCGAGCUAAGCAAUUAUGACGGUAAAUUAAACUGCAUUUCCUUCCUAAAUGAGAGAUUGGUGACAUUAACAAGUACAGUACCGUGACUUACUUAUGUAACAAACCUUUAAUCACUGAGGAAGAUGUAAAAAUUGUAUUCGGGAGCUGAUCUCACAUUUUUAAAAAGGAAAAUAAAGAUAGCCCUCACACACAAAGAGGAAAAAGUAGAAGAUCCCCAUUAAUUAGAAUGCUCAUAAUUUUUAAUUACAGUGUUUAUGAACAAUAAACUCAUUUUCAUAUAGAAUGAAUUAUCGAAAAGAGCAUAAUAACAUGAAAUAUUUAAAAACCUAGGAUGUAUAUUUUUCCCUCCGUCACUAGUUUGCACUAACUCUGUAACAGACCAAGGCUGUUAUAGAAAGGAAUAAACUUCCUUAGAGACCAUUCGAUGCUAUUUAUAGGUGACGAAUGUAGUUUUGCUUGUCAUAGCCUAUGCUUUUUCUUUUUCUUAAAGAGCUAAUUUUUAAAGUUUUAGGGCUUAUACUUUACUUGAAUAACUGAUUAUUUUCCUGUGUAAUGGUUUGUGAGAAGAGAAUUAAUAUUUGACUAGUUAGAAUUAGUUAAAACAUAAGGGUAAACAGGGUAUUUUGAGAUUAAAUAAUUUAUGUAAAUAGAGCCUAUUUCAACUAUUAUGACCACAGGAGCCUUUUGAGAUAUUCAACACAAUUAGUGACAUUUUAAGUUGUUGAUGAAAUUAAGAACUUGAACAAUGCUUUGGUACGGCAGCAGUUUUGUGCCCUAAAGUAUGUAAUAAUCUAGAAAUGUCCCAUAUACACUACGACAUAACUGUCUGCAUUUUUUUUAAGAGAGGUGAGGUUUUUUGGUUUUUUUUGUUUUUUUUUGUUUUUUGUUUUUUGUUUUUUUGCUAUAGGGCGCAUGCACUCGCCAGAGAGAAAGAGAGACAACCCAUUUGCAUUUUAUUUAGGGAUAUCUUUACACUGCAGUGUACAUGUAUUUAUAAGCAUUUAAUAUAUGUUUGGAAAUUUGCUAAUAUUUAUAAAGCCUAAGCAUCUCUGGAAGACUAAGCAUCUCAAAAAUUCACUAAAAAUCUGAUUAUGUUCUCAGUGUUCAAUUUAGCUUUGGUUGAUUAAAAUGACCCCCCCCCCAAAAAAAAAUCAAAGGUUGAACAGAAUAGAUAUCUGUGGAGGCAAAUUUUUCAAACUUGAAAUUAAAAUUAGUGGAUGCACCAGAUGUAACUUCACCAAAGAAUAAAUCCGUAGUAAUUUUAAAUAUUUACUUAAUUUCCAUUGAAGAUACUCUUAUGUCUGACAAGAGGAGACAAUGAAAUUUGUUAUGAUAGACUAUGAACAUUUCUCUCCAUAGAAUUAUAUUCCUCUUGUUACCCGGUAGAAAAGAUUAGACUCAAUGACUUUUUCCUUACUCCUGUUUUAUUCCACCAACUUUUCCCAAAAGAUUGUUCUAAAGCUUCAAGCUCAAUAAGUCUAACUGGGAAAAAUAAUGGAACGUAAAGGCAUAAUGAAGUUCUUCACUUCCAAGCAUCUUUUUUUGAUUUUAAAAAUCACUUGAAUCUAUGCUCCUUCUCAAAGUCAGAUAUAUUACAAAACAAGAAUUUUAAAUUUUCACUAUUUGAAUUCUGCUUUCAUUUUAAAAACGUUGAGAUACAUGUGUUUUCUUAAAAGUAAGCAAAAUACAGUUACUUGGGAGUCUAGUCAUGUGCAUAUUGUAUUCUGUUUUGCUAAGUCUUAAUAAUUAAAUUUUGAGUACCUUAUCUCUAUGGGCCUUAAGAACUCUUAUUUGAACAAUGCAAACUGAGAUAUAUUUUCAAAGAAAUAUGAAACACUCAGAUCAUUUCUAAUUUUUUAUCAUUCCUCUCUAGCAAUUUAUUACAUGUAACUGAUCAUGCAUAUUCCUAUUUUGAUUCUAAGACAACUACUUUUUCGAUUUGAAAUUGUGACCUACCUUGCCACUGCUGAUGUAUUUUAUUGUUGGCAGUAUUUUAAAUUGUGCUUAAAUAAAUAUUACACUAAUUCAAAUUUAAUUAAAUAGAUAUGGGCAUAGGACAUUUCUUAUAAAUAUCUGUAAACUUAUUUAUGAUAACAUGUGAAGCCAACGUUUAGUACAACUGAAUCAUGUACAAUUCAGUAUGGAGUCUAACUGACUAUCAGCUCAGAUUCCACAUAUCAUUAGGUUACAAAAGCUCUUUCAGGCUCCUGUUUACACUUUUUGGUAGUUGGUGAAGUUUUAGCAGACCCUAUCAUAAAUGACAAGGAUGGGUGGGGUUUUUAUAAUUUUAUUAACAAAUUUGUAUUCUAUCAAUUACUUUCUAAGAUAUCUUCUUAUAUGAUCAUCUCACUUUUUAACUGGAAUACUCUACACAAAACCAUCAUAAUUAGAUUUUGUAGCAUCUUGUAUGUCUUACUCAAUUAGCAGGAGAAAAACGUAAUACAACCAACCAGUGCUAUGGAAAACACAUUUCUUCUCCAGUCUUUCUACUUUUUUUUUUUUUUUUUGGAGAGGUUUUUGCAAUAAGGAACGUGCAC